UGCAACUCCUUGUUAAACAAUUUGAGAGCUUGAUUUAACUGCACUUCUGCUGAUCUCUUUAGAGCAACGGUAUCGAAAGUGUGAAUUGCCAUGAUGGUUGCCAACCUUCUUAAAGGAGACGGCACAUGAAAAAGAUUUAUCAUAGACAUAAGUUUAUAUGCAGUAUGAUUAACCUAAACAUUUUUUUUCAGAUAUUUGACAAGGAAUUUAAAGAAAAUAAAGAAUUCCCACAACAAAUGUUAGAGACACCAAAAAACAGUUCAUUAGAGAGGGCCACUGCUAAGUCUAAAAAUAGCCUGAAGAUAGGAAAAAGUAAUUUAACAGAGGGGGCUGCUGCAAAGGUUUCUAAGGAUGAAGAAUACAUAAAAAAUAUAACAGAAUAUUCGCGUGAGUUAAAAGAAAAAGAGCAUAAUAGGCAUAUGGAAAUUAUGGAACUCCAACACAACAGGCAAAUGAGGUACAUGAGACUAAAACAUGAGAUGGAAAAAAGGGAACACGAAAUUAAAAUGAAGGUUCAAGCGGAACUUUUGAAACAUGCUUCAUUGAAGACAAAAUUGUUGGAGGCAGAAUCACAAAAUAAAUAAUAUGUAAAUAUAUAUUAUAAGAAAUAAAAUGAUAAUAUAAUUUG